GUUUGGCUCACAGAUCCCGGGCCUUGGAUGGAGAAGGGGCAAGCAGAGCCAUACGGCCAGCACGAGAGAGGCAGGGUGUUCUCCGUCCGUCGCUACAGACAGAGCUGCUCUGAGAUCUGCAAGCAUAACCUUUUACAAUGGGGCCCCAGGAAAAUCAAAAAGGCCAGGAAAACUGCGAAGUCAAGAAGGGGAAAAUGACCCUCGUGCUUGCCCUGGUGAUGCUGGUCGCUGCCUUUGGGUCAUCUUUCCAAUAUGGGUACAACGUCUCCGUGAUCAAUUCCCCGGCUCCGUUCAUGCAAGAUUUUUACAACGAAACGUACCACGGAAGGGAGGGGGAAUUCAUGGACGGCAACUUAAUGACGGCCCUCUGGUCUCUCACGGUGUCUUUCUUCCCACUUGGAGGGCUCUUUGGGUCACUUAUGGUCGGCCCCAUGGUGAACAAGUGUGGCAGAAAGGGCACCUUACUGAUCAACAACGUCUUCUCCAUCAUCCCUGCCAUCCUCAUGGGCAGCUCCAAAGUGGCGAAGACCUUCGAAGUGAUCGUCGUUUGCCGUAUCCUCAUCGGAAUAUGUGCAGGCCUGUCUUCCAACGUUGUCCCCAUGUACCUUGGGGAGAUGUCUCCCAAAAACCUACGGGGUGCUGUAGGGGUGGUGCCUCAGCUCUUCAUCACCAUCGGCAUUUUGGCUGCUCAAAUUCUGGGCAUGCGGAUGAUCCUAGGAAGCGCUGAAGGCUGGCCCAUACUAAUGGGUCUAACUGGAGUCCCCGCAGCCUUGCAGCUAAUCCUGCUGCCUCUUUUCCCUGAGAGUCCCAGGUACCUCCUGAUCCAGAAGGGCGAUGAACAGAGCGCCAGGGCAGCUCUGAAGAGGCUGAGAGGCAGAGACGAUGUGGAAGAUGAGUUAGAAGAAAUGCGGCAGGAAGACCUAGCGGAGAAAGCCGAAGGGCGGAUGUCCGUCUUGACUCUUUUCACCUACCGAGGACUCCGAUGGCAGCUGAUCUCCAUCAUCGUGAUGAUGAUGGGACAGCAGCUCUCUGGCGUUAACGCGGUCUACUACUAUGCCGACAGAAUCUAUGAGAACGCUGGAGUGCAGAAGGACCAUGUGCAGUUCGUCACCGUGGGGACUGGAGCAGUCAACGUUGUCAUGACUUUGUUAGCGGUUUUCAUUGUCGAGUCUCUGGGACGAAGAAUUUUGCUUCUGGCUGGUUUUGGGAUGUGCUGUAUUGCUUGUGCUAUAUUGACCAUAGCACUGAAUCUUAAGACCAUCUCGUGGAUGCCUUACAUCAGCAUUGCCUGCGUCUUCUCUUACGUCAUCGGGCACGCCGUCGGAGCAAGCGCCAUUCCAAGUGUGAUGAUCAUAGAGAUGUUCCUCCAGUCAUCCCGGCCGGCCGCGUUCAUGGUGGGAGGAUCAGUUCACUGGCUUUCAAACUUCACUGUGGGGCUGGUCUUCACUUACAUGGAGCAAGGGCUCGGUCCCUAUUGCUUCCUGAUUUUCUGCGGCAUUUGCUUCGCCACUGUCGUUUACAUCUUCCUCAUCGUCCCCGAGACGAAGAACAAAACCUUCAUGGAAAUCAACCAGAUCAUGGCCAAGAGAAACGGCAUGGACGUGCAGGCUGACAAGGAGGAGCUGAGGGAUUUCACCACCGUUUCAGUGCCGUACAACAAGAAAGCAGAGGCCGAGAGAAACAGCGCGCUUUAAGAUGGCGCCAGUCUUGCCCGGGGUUUGCUGAAGUCCACUUUUCCAUUGGGUUUGGGACCAAGCGGACUUUGGCAGUCCUCCGCAUUUCCCCCCGACGAUGUCGUAGGUUAGGUAUCAAUCGCGUUCUGAAGAACAACUGUGGAACUCAUCACCACCAUCUCUUGAAAUGUUGCUCUCUAAAUACUGGAGCAGUGGGGUAUUGAGAGAAUGGCCCCACUAGUAUCUGUGCGCUGGAUUCCUCUUAAGUACGGUCGUAUGGUACUUACCUCAUCUGGAGCCAAUAUCCUCUUUGGAAAAUACUACCCCAAGACCCUUGAUACGUCAGCAAAGGACAUCGCUUUCCUUAUAUUUAAGCCACGUUGCCUACGCUUGGAUGUAAAGUACUGUGAAUUAGUGGGAUUAUCUGAUGCAUUGCUUGAGGGAACACUCCAGAUCAUUUCUUCUCACAGAACAUUGAGAUAUCUCCCAUUAGAGAAACCUCGUAAGGCAAUGCCUGUCGCUGGUGUGGAAAUCUGAGCCCGUGUUAAACCUUGAGAUGUGAAGGAUAAUUUAGGGAGGAUGCCUGUGUUGAAAAAGCGUUUAACUAAGUAGAAUGGGAGCAAUGAGUGGGCAACCGGUUCUCGUGCCCUGUAGAAAUUGGGGCCUUAAGGACUUAGGGUGGUGUAUUAUACCCCCAGCACAACAAAGAAAGUGAAUCGGCAAUAUAAGUUGAAGGACAUUUCCCCCCGGGCCAAGGCAUUUGCUACCUCCGUUAGGGUGUGUGUGACCAUAUUUGAGUUCCACCACAAAAAGCGCCAUCAAUGGAAAAGAGCUGGUCAUCCUUGGAGCAUUAAAAAAAAAAAAACCUCCCAAACAUCAAACUUGAUGGAGUUGCUAACAAGAUCU